ACAAAACCAAACAUCACGGAUUCGUCGCUCAGGUCCGGACUCCGGAGUGUUUGUCCGGAUCAGAUCUCAACGAUCGAGCUCGGUCGGAAAACUUCAGUCAGAUCUGUUGGUAUUUUUCUCACGGCUGUUUAUCUCUUUUCGUUUCGGCAAAGCGGAGCCGCAACUUUGUAACACUGUUGGUCGACCUGGAGCCAGAUCCGAGGCCUGGACUGGGGGGUGAUGGAGGCCAGAAGAUACCCCCGGAGGAGGAGGAGGAGGCGGGAGCACACAGACGAGAGACGUACAACAUGUCCCGUCUGCGCAGUUCCUCUCUGGAGAUCAAGGAGAAGGGAACAGAAUUCCUCCGAGAGCAGCUGGAUGCUGCACAAAAGGAGCUGAAGUUGAAAGACGAGGAGUGUGUCAGACUGUCUCACGUCAGGAAUCAGCUGGAGCAGGAAUUGGAGGAAUUGACCGCCAGUCUGUUUGAGGAGGCUCAUAAGAUGGUGCGAGAAGCCAACGUGAAACAAGCGGCAGCUGAGAAGCAGCUGAAGGAGGCUCAGGGCAAGAUUGAUGUCCUGCAGGCGGAGGUCUCGGCUCUGAAAACCCUGGUACUGACCUCUACUCCCUCCUCACCAAACCGCCAGCUCCACCCUCAGCUGCUGUCACCAGGCUCCAGUCGGGCCCCGUCUCGUCCCGGGGGCCACACGCGCAACAAGAGCGCCAGCGGUGCUCUACAGCUGCAAACGGAGGCCGCACCGAUGGAUGCAGCAACAAACCGGGAGGACAAAGAGCUGGACUCGGUGUUGUUCGCAGAGUUCCUCUCGUGGAAGGAGAGGCCGGGUCUGGAUCGCUCCUCAGCGUUCAUCGGCAGGGUGUACAGAGAGGACAUCGGGCCCUGUCUUUCGUUCACCUGCUCUGAGCUGUCUCAGUCGGUUCAGUGCGCCGUGGAGAACAACUCUCUGACCAUCGAGCCCGUCGCCUCGUCGUCUCUGCACACGCUCAAAGCCCUCGAAUGCGGAGGACCCAACGGUUGCCGGACACCCAUAGAAACCAAAUGUGCUUUGAGCGGCAUGUCCCGCCCCUGCCGACAUCGCAUCAAACUGGGAGAUAAAGAGAAUUACUACUAUAUAUCUCCGUCUAGCAGAGCACGAAUCACAGCCGUGUGUAAUUUCUUCACUUACAUCAGGUACAUCCAGCAGGGCCUCGUCAGACAGGACGUCCAGCAGAUGUUUUGGGAAGUGAUGCGUCUGCGGAGAGAGAUGAGCGUGGCCAAGCUGGGAUAUUUCCUGACGGAGCAGAGCUAGAGAAGCAGAACACGAAACACGAAACACGGCGAGGUCAUCUUGACUUCCCCCCAAACACUCCCAUGCUGCUGUUAUCCAGGGAAGCACUACAGAAGAGCCCCCAGAACUGUGCUCCCGGCUCUGGGAAAGACUGAAUGCAAUAACUGUGCCGCUUCCUUAACACCGAGGUAAACGUUUACAAGACAUUUAAGUGAAAAAUAAAGCCGUUUUUCCAUUUACCGGCGUGUAGAAACGUUAAAAAGUUACACUUCCUCCCGCUCAGAACGCUCAAUUUAUCUCACAAUUCCGUUUUUUUUUUUUUUUUUUUUUUUUCGGAAUUCCCGAACGAUUCUAAAUUUCUCUCGGAAUUCGAUUUUUUUUUUUUUGUAACACAGCAAAAAAAGUUUUUAUCCUACGCUUCUUUAAAAGUUUAUAUUGCACAAUCUCGACUUUGCUUCUCAGAACUGCUAUUCUGUGAGAUGAUUUAAACGCAAUUUCGCGUUUUUUUUCGUUCCGCGGCAAAAAAGAAAAGAAAAAAGCUACCGAACUGACAUUUAACCCGCCGUUCGCAAAGAAAUCCAGAGUUUAGGCACGCGAUGGCAAGUUUUCAGCUCAUCUGGUGUUCCUCAGCUCAGACGCGUUUUUUUGAAUCCUAGAAAGAUGGUAAAAUAAUUGGCUCGUAUUGAAGAAGUCUUCCGUGACAUGAAAAGGUUGAUGUUUCGACAAUCUCUAUGUUCUUCCGAAUCUUCUAACAACCUGUUUGGCAAAGACGUGAAUGCUUGUCCUAGUCUGAAACUCAUAGUUAUGUUAAUUGCAGCAAUAGAAUCGCUUGUGGAGUUCUCAAGAACUUUAUGUGAAGGUACAUCAGUGAGGCUCUUUGAACGGACAAAUCCUCCGGAAAUCUUUUCUAUGCAAGUGUCAUGAGUCUCCAGCGCUUCUGUUAUGGAUGCUUAUUGCACCAAGUUAUGGUAACCGUACCGUGAUGCAUCACACUCCGUAUUAUCGAUCAUAACCGUUGCAUGAUUGACGGUCGCAUACAGUGUUUACGGCGUAGGACUCGCUUGUGGUGGACUGUCUUCAUAUUUAACUUGAUGAUGCGUGUGCGGAAGGUUGUAUUUGUGUUUUGGAAAUGUAUCGUUCAGCCUCGUUUUCAAGCCGUGUUCGUUGCUUUGUCUGCCUCGUCAUGUUAAAAAGGACCUUUAAAAACUCCAUUAAAAGCAUCUGCAGAAUA